AUUCACUCUUAGUGCAAACUAACCUGAAUGAUCCUGUUGGUUUUUAUUUUUUGGACAUGUCAGUGAUUAACAGCCUCGUCCCAGCUCGGUUUCUCAUCCUCACCGCUCACCUUGUCAUGGUCAUCACCAUCUUCUGGUCCAGGGAAAACAAUGUUAGAUCAUGCUUACCGCUGGUCUUCACCGAGGAGCAGUACACAACUGAGGACAACCGGUUGGUUAUCGCUCUAUCAGUAACUCUGUGUCUAUUUGCCAUUGAACUGUUUGGAUUCUUCUCCGGUGUCUCGAUGUUCAACGGUAACCAAGGAGUGCUGUCUAUGGCGUGUCACUGCAGCGCAUCCGUCGCUCUGUCCUUCUUUGUCACCCAGCAGUGGGAAUGUUGGGUUUACUGGAUAAUCUUCGCGUUCUGCAGUGUCAUUCCUGCCCUGUGUGAGCUGGCACUGAUCAUCGCUGUGUUCGGACUAAAGAAAAAGCCGAUGUGAAGGCUUAAAUCCAUGUCCUUUGUAUUCCUCAGUAUGAUGUUGACUGUAUUUUUUAUUAUUAUCAUAACUUUCUAAUGAGCGAUGCAGCAUCAGAAAUGGUGGAUCAUUCGGAUCAGACGGUCUGACUUUUCAUAUUUGAGCAUUAAAGACCACAAAGCUGGUAGGAUUUCCAUUUCAUCAUUCAACAAAUCACGUUAGCAAUUAUUUGGGGAUUAUUUUAAUUAGAAUCACAACCAGAAGAGAGCCUUGGAUCACUUGUGAAUGGAUGACUAAAGACAAUUUUUGUCAGUAUUGUUCCAGUGUGAAUUUUAAUGUAUAAUGUAUAAUGCUAAAUUUGACUUAACUCUGAAGUGGAAAGAGGGAAGUUAGAGCUCGGAUUGAUGGAUUUUCAACCUCCAUGGGCUUGAGGUAUAAAGUGUGUGUGUGUGUGUGUGUGUGUGUGUGUGUGUGUGUGUGUGUGUGUGUGUGUGUGUGUGUGUGUGUGUGUGUGUGUGUGUGUGUGUGUGUGUGUGUGGCUUUUGUUAGCAACAAACUAGCUAGCUAACUGUGCAGACUGUUUCCUUCUUCCAAACAGCACCAUAAUCAAUGACAUACUGUAGAUUUGACAAAUGUAUAUGUCUGUAGAUAGAUUUUUGUUCUUUUUUUUUUAUUAUUGUUUUUACAAUAAAUUGUAUUUUCCAAUAAACAAUAUAGAAUAAUU